AUGCCACAUCGUCCGACAAAAGAAGAACUUCUCGCUGCGGCGAAUGGGUUCUGGGAAAGAGUCAGAUGGGUUGGGGACUACUUGACGCAAUCUGCUGGCGUCACGGUCGUUUUCGAGUCCGCCAUUGUCCCAAAAUGGAGAAACGGUGUUAUCGCCUUCCGCAAUGUGUUCGUGUCUCGACGGCCAGGCCAAAUUGAGUCAUCCGUCAGCAAAGGUUCAUUCGAUGCUGCGGCCGUGGCGGCAGCAGGACGGCAUCCACAGAUUGCCAAUGCAACUGGCGUGGAGGACGAUGGCAAUUACACACAGUUCGAUGUGACGAUAGCGAACGUCAAUGUCACGCUGUCAUUCAUCAAUUGGUGGAAUGGCAAAGGCUUGCUCAAGGACGUCGAGGUAACAGGAGUCCGCGGUGUGCUGGACCGAACGUCAGUACGAUGGCCCCUGGGUCAGAUUGACCCUCUGUCUUACCGCCACGCGCAUGAAUCGGGAGAUUUCGAGAUCGAAUCUUUCAAACUUGAAGACCUAUUGUUGACAAUACAUCAACCGGACGGAUUCCGACCCUUUUCAAUGAGCAUCUACUCCUGCGAACUCCCUCAGCUGCGCAAACAGUGGCUUUUCUACGACUUUUUAUCAGCUAAUCAUAUGUCGGGGUCCUUUGAUGGCUCACUCUUCACAAUCCACCCGCGCCAGACGCACGGCGUGGCGUCCGGGCACGACCAUGGCAUGGCCUUGGCAGGGGUUGGAGAGUCAAACGCCUGGAAGAGAUUUAGCAGGCUUAGGAUAGAUGGGCUUAAGAUUGAUCAUUUGAAUCGCGGCGUGGAAGGGCCAUUUGGAUGGAUUUACGAAGGAAACGUUGACAUCGUUGCAGACGUCAUGUUUCCGGCGGAUACCGAUGACGGCAUCACCAAGGUCGUGUCCGACUUUUACGACCAGCUCGAAGAAGCAGUAGCAUUGAACCGGGAGCGGUUUCUGCAGCACGGCGCUGAUCCGGUGCCCACCCUUCACCGCUCUGGACAUCUCUCGGAAGCAUUCGGCAAGAUGGAGGAGCAGCGGACCGAAGUGGACGAUAACGAACGAAACGAAGAAAACCGCCGGUACCUUAUUAUGGACUUGCGGAUCCACCUUAAUGAUGUCAAAGCCGCUGUGCCGCUCUUCACACGAGACAUAUCUUACAUUAACCAGGCGCUGGUACGUCCCAUCGUCGCGUACAUUAAUGUCAAGAGGACAUAUAUACCCAUCGCCUGUCGCAUUAUAAAGCGUCUAGGCGACUUUGACGGCAGCUGGACCGUGUUCGACUGCGGACUCAUGAAUGAUGCGUCGGCCGAGAUGUACGAGGCUUUUGCAAAAGAUGUCGAAGACCAGCAGAGCCGCGUCCGACGGUUCAAAAAAGUGGGAUUCUGGACACUGUCAUUGGCUGUCCAUGCCCUCUUUAUGGGCAUGGCAGGCAACGUUGUUUGA